UUCCAAGCCCCUGGGGCCUUUGCUGGUGAGCUGUGUUCAGCUGGCUGGAAUUCAGUGGGGUUGGCUGAUGCUGCCAAUUCUUGAGUCAUCACAGACCUGGCAUCCAGUGUGACUGCACUGCCAUCACAAUUCAUUUCCAAAUAUGCAUGUCUUUUCUCCUCAUCCAAUUUGCAAGUCACAGGAUUGGGGGCCUUUUCUCCAUUUUCCCCAGGGCACUUGGCACUCAGCCUGGCGUGUGUGUGUGUGUGUGUGUGUGUGUGCGCACGUGCGCGCGUGUGCACGUACAGAACCACAUUAGACUGGCGGGAACAAUCCCUUAUCUUCCUUCAGGAGUGGUUUGCUUUGGUAGCCAUGGAGCCAAGGGAGGCAUUGUCCAUACAAUCCAGAACCUGACUCUGAGUGUUUGCAGGCCCUUGGCUGGCUUGUGUAUUUCAUACUGGCCUGUUGAUACUAGGGUGACUUCUGGGGUGACUGCUGUUCACACAGACCUGUGCAAAGCAUGGGACUCAAUAGAGCUAGAUCAGUCUGGGGUAGCUCAGUUGUAUCUGCCAGGGGUUUUGUAUGUACAAGGGCUGGUCUUGGAAGUCAACACAGGCUGUCCCCUGUGGUACAGGCUUUGGGAGCUGAUGCAGCCACAGAGAGGAGCGGAUCAGUGCUGGCUUCAGAGUGGUGCUCUACCUGCUUUUUGGCCAAGGCAUUCUGUGACAUUUUUUUCAGACUCCUUCACCCAUGGCUACCUUGGGUGAGGACAGUAAUGAGCUAAAUUCUAAGCAAUUUGGGAGCUCCCAUCCCUGCUGGAAGCAAAAAUCAUUACAAAGGAUUGUAUUGGUUUUUCUUGGAUCAGGCUGAUCUUUUGAUUACCUUUUGGACAAGGAAUUCAUAUUUAUCAUCACUUGUCAUCGUGCAUGCUAGCUCUGGCUGUGCUCACAGCCUAUGGUGGCAGGACAGAGAAGUGGAGGUCAGCAACAGGGUGACUUCUAGCUAAUAGGUGGCCAGCACUCACAGUGCUUGUCCCUGAGCAGGUGUUUAAGCCCAUUGCAUUCUUUCCUCCUGUUGCCCCAUAGGACAUGAACAUGAAUGGCUCUGUGUGCAGAUGUUUUACCACACUAUAUAGCUGGUAGUUUUGAAAAUGGGUGUGUGUGGAGGGUGUAAAUUGAUAGAAAUUAGGCCCAGAAGUUAAGAAGCUGGUUAAGAUGCCCACAUCCCAUGUUGGAGUGCCUGGGUUGCAGUCCUGGCCCUGAUUCCUGCUUGCUGCUAAUGUCCAGAAGGCAGCAGUGGUGGCUCUUUGGAUUCCUAAACACCGGAUCUUUAUAAAAAGUGUGUGUUCCCAUCCAUUUAAAGUUAUUUCUACUUAUACAUAUCUCUACACCAGUCUGUGUAUAAAGAGGUAGCUGAAAUCACAGCAUUAUCUUACGGCAGAUAUUUGAUGGUGGUGAGUCUGGAAGCUAGUUUCACUUUCUUCAAAAUUUUCUGUGUUGCCUAAGUUUAAAAAAAAAAGUCUCUAAAGGCAGUAAGUUUUGCUGAGGAAAAGGAAGAGAGAAGUGAAUACCGCUGUGCUGCACUCUGCUGUGCUAACCAGGUGGGCGCUGUACCAUCGGCCCUGAGAUCCCCAUGAGGCCUGAGCAGACAGCAGAUUAUCUCCUGUGAACUAAAUCUUUUGUUUGCUCGUGGUUGCACUUUAUCUUGACCUACUGGCCUACUUUCUGGCAGGUCCUGAGUUGUUCAUCUGAGUUCAUUUCCAGCUCUGUUUUUUUUUUCUCUCUGCGAGGUCACAGGGGAGGUCCUCCCAGCCAUUACAGGUGUUACUUGAGUAAGAGUAGCAGCCACCAGUAGAGAAAGUACUUGCCUGCUAGUGCUGGUUUUUAAAGCCACGGGUGCCCCUCUUUGAACUUUCACUUGAAUCCCCCCAGGAGGAACUAGGGGAAGGUUGCUCAAGAUAAGGCACUUCGCUCUAUUGUGCAGAAAAUUUAAUUAGGCAGAGCAGAACAAUCCAAACAGGGUCCUGGCCAAGGAAAGAAAGGAAAUUAACCUCAGCCUGCCAUAGCCAGGCUCAAGGUCAUGUUCAAUUAUGUUCUGAGAAGGUGGCUGUUUCUGGAGCUGAAGUGGAACCUGUCAGCUCCCAAGUGCUUUCCAUGUGGAGGGUACAUGCUACUCUCACUGGGCUCUGGGCCAGCCUCUGCAGUGUUCACCAGGAAAGGGUGUGUUUUCUUACAUACCUUGGCCAGAUCCCAGGCCAGAUCUGGGAGCCAGGCCAAGCGUUCCAAUACUUAGGAAGUGGACCUAAGGAGAAGUAGUGUGUAGGUUUCUGCUCUCUUCUUGGGCAAUGUCUAUGGAGUGGGUUGAGUGGAUGUGGUGUGGGGAGCGGUUGCGUCAAAGUCACCCUAUGUAUUUCAUCACCAUCUAUGUUGACCAAAGGGUUUGUGUUUGUGAUUCUUUGCUGAUGAAACCCAGUGACGCAGGAAAAGACAUUGGACAUGGUUAUGUUGUAACAGCUGAUCCUUUGAGCCCUAUUUGCUCUCAGAUAUUCCCCAAAGUUUGUUCCAUAGAAUUUCCUGCCUAAGGCACAAGGCGGUGUUUACACAAAAAGUCAAUCUCUGAUUUGAAGAAGGUUUGGAGUCUGGGGAAACCCUUGGAACUUGGCCUUUUUGAACAGUUUUCUUGGCUAUUGUAACCACAUUUCUCAAAGGCAUUCCAAGGAAAAGGCCUCUAAAAAAGACAUACUUAUUUUGUUUGAAAGGCAGAGUGAUGAGGGUAGGGAAGAGGGGGAGAGAGAUGUCUUCCAUCUGCUGGUUCACUCCUCAAAUGGCUGCAGUGGUUGGGACGGGGCCAGAAUGAAGCCAGGAUCUGUAAACAUGGGCCAACCAAUGCUGCCUUCCCAGGUGCAUUCGCAGGAACUGGAUUAGAAAAAGAGCAGCUGAACCUCUGAUGUGGGAUGUACUGUCCAUCUGAUGUUGGAUGCUGGCACCACAGCUGGCAGCAUCAAAGCCUUCAACAGGCUGUGCUACCGAUGCUGGCCCCAAGGCUUUGAUUUGAACAUGGGCCUUUGCAUCAGGUGUUGGGGUUGGGCUGGCCAGGGAUGAUUGUCUGUGUCCAGCUGUGGAGUACGUAACAGAUAGAGGCAGAUGGAGAUAAAAAGAAGGCAAGCAGCAUUCUUCAUCAGGAAAAGAAGGAGGAAUGCCAGAGGUUGCCUCCUUUCUUUUUUUCCCCCACAAAUACACCCCAAGCUUACAAUUUCUGCUACUGUUACAUGGAUCCCAAACCACAUUUUUCUAUCACAUGCCUGUCCCUCCCUUGGUAGUCUGGUAGCUCCACAGUGUCUAGGAUCCAGAACCCUGUCUUGUUGUCCUUGCCUGCAUGGCCUCCCCCUGUCAGUGUUAACACAGGAUGGGGAGGAAUGGUGAGCUGCCCUGUGGGAUGUUUACAUGCCCCUUUUACUCACACUGUAUUGGUCAGAGCUUAGCAACAUGCCAUACCUAGUGUAUGGGGAGGGAAUCUGAUCUAGGAGGUGAAUUUCUACUCUUGGCACUCAUGCAACCAGCUAAAAUUAGUAGUUUUACUUCUAGAGAGAGGUGGGGAGUAUGUUGGGUAGGGAGGGACAGGCUGGGGCUGCUGCUCUCAUUACUUUCUGUGUCAUGAACACUUAUAUGGAGGGAAGCAGACAGCCAGCUGGGCCAGCAGUGUCCCCUAAAGACGUCUGUGUUAGAUUCAAUUGGUUGGGAGUCUAUUGUUUUAGAUGCUUGUUGGAAUUGGAUCUCUCCUUUUUCGCUGGGGGAACUGAAUUUUGAAGUUGAAGUUCAGUUAGCUACUCUGGGCCAUUGUGUUCAUAUCAAAAAAAGGAAAAGUAGAAUAUCCCUGCAAGCAUGACCUUCAAAUGAUUAAUAUUCCUUCUCUCCUUCCUGUUUUUCCUCCUCUCCUACCCUUCCUCCUCCUGUUCUUUCUGCCUUUCCCUCCCAUCUGUUUAGGAUGGAGGAGUACCCUGAUCUGGGGACUGGGCUAGGAGAGGCAGCUCAAAGAGAUCUUACCUAAUGCAGUGAACAAACAGCAAGCAGGCAUUUCAUUUUCCAUUAGCCAGAGAGGCAUUUAGUAUCCACAAGCAAGGGAAAACAGACGGGAAAGCAAUUAGCAUUAGUGGGUUUAUGAUGACGUCCCUGGAGUCAGCCGGAUCCUGGGGCCUGUCCCUUGUCUUUUCCUCAUUGGGAGAACACGCGCAAGUGCUUUCCACUCUUGCUCAUGCCCACCAUCUGCCAGAGAGGCUCAAAAUAUCACAGUUGGGAGAACAAAACAUUUCCUGAAUAGUGGAGAUGAGAGGCCUGUUCUUUCGAGCAUGUUGCCUCUGCAGUGAGGAGGGAAGGCAGGAGGCAGAGGAAAGGUCCCCACUGGACAUGUCGGACUUCAGGCCCCAGGGAGCCUUAAGGCCAUUGGGGUUGAGGCCAGGGCCCAAAGCAAGAGAUGUGUGAGGAACAGCAUCAUCUCUCAACUUCACUCGACUCUUUGUUCCUUUUGUCUGUAACCCUGCCCUGUCCCAACCCCAAGUACAGAUUGGGUAGCAAAGAGGAUAGAGAAUACAAGCAGAAAACUCUGGGUAGCAUCUAUUUCCCCUUUCUGCUGAACUGGUGUGAUGCAAGGUACACUGUGUCUCAAGUCUCAUCUCACCCGUAGUCACCACCAUGACCGCAAGGCCACUGAAAUUUCUCAUGUUGAGUUUGUUAUAGUAAACUCAUUGGCCUUUGGGCUCUCCUGGGGCAUGGUUUGCAGCUGGUUGUUUACAUAUGCAGUGUCCAGUUUGGGAGCCAAUACCCACAUGUGGCCAUUGAUCUCCCAGCAGAGACAGACUGGAAGUAUACAAUAUUUAUGAGCUCUACUGACUGAGUGUGAAAGACACAUGUAAAUUUGUCUUAAAUGUUUUUUAUGACUAUGUGCUAAUGAAGUUUUGUGUGUGCUGAAUUAAACUCAAUGUAUUUCUCUAACAGAUUCUUCCUGUUUUAGGGAAGCUCUGAGAAAACCAGUCACUCAGCUACAGCUUGAAAGUGGCAGGAGAGUUUCAAGGCCAUGUAUUUUGGAUUCCAAAACCACAAUCCAAAGGACUUAUACAGCUGUGUGCUGCCCAUUGUCUCAUUUGAUUGUUACAAAAACUUUCUAAAAGGCAGGAAGCUAGGGCUGGUCCUUCAGUCUUGCUGGCUUCCCUCAAUUCUGUGCAGGAUCUGCCUAAGAUGACUAUUUGGCAUCGGCAAGAACGUCAUCUGUGACCGCACAGCCACACCAUUGGACGCCUUCCGCAUGAUGUCGGCUGCCCACUACUACCCUAAACUCAUGAGCAUAAUGGGCAACGUGCUGCGCUUCCUGCCGGCCUUUGUGCGCAUGAAGCAGCUGUUGGAGGAGGGCUACGUGGGCGAGCUGCUGGUGUGCGAGGUGCAGGUGCACAGUGGCAGCCUGCUGGGCACCAAGUACAACUGGAGUUGCGACGAUCUGAUGGGCGGUGGCGGCCUGCAUUCGGUGGGCACCUACAUCAUCGACCUGCUUACCUUCCUCACAGGCCAGAAGGCGGUCAAGGUGCAUGGGCUACUGCGGACCUUUGUCAAGCAGACGGACCAUAUCAAGGGCAUCCGUCAGAUCACUAGCGAUGACUUCUGCACCUUCCAGAUGGUGCUGGAGGGUGGCGUUUGCUGCACUGUCACCCUCAACUUCAACGUGCCGGGUGAGUUCAAGCAGCACGUGACAGUGGUAGGCUCGGCUGGGCGCCUGCUGGCCAUGGGCACUGACCUAUAUGGACAGCGCAAUAGUGCCCCCGCCCAGGAGCUUUUGCUACAGGAUGCCACGCCGGUGAGCAACUCACUGCUGCCCGAGAAGGCCUUCAGUGACAUCCCGUCACCCUACCUGCGAGGCACCAUCAAGAUGAUGCAGGCUGUGCGCCAGGCCUUCCAGGAUCAGGCUGACAGGCGCACGUGGGAUGGCCGGCCGCUCACCAUGGCCGCCACCUUCGACGACUGCCUCUAUGCUCUGUGUGUGGUGGACACCAUCAAGCGGUCGAGCCAGACCGGGGAGUGGCAGAACAUUGCCGUCAUGACUGAGGAGCCUGAUCUGAGCCCUGCCUACCUGAUCAGCGAGGCCAUGCGCCGCAGCCGGAUGUCCCUUUAUUGCUGAUGCUGGCUGGGGAGGGGAUUGGGACUUCCUGCGUGGGGUGCCCAGAGAAGAGGGUGAUGACAGGAGUGCGUGGGGAAGGCAAGCUGAGGCUAUUGGCUUGGGAGUACAGCAGGGUAGGAGGUGUGCACACCCUACAGGUAGGUUAGCUGCUUCUGCUGCCCUUUACUGUGAGAAGCAAGGAGGGCAUGCUUCCCUCCCUACCUCAUCCACCCACACACAGUGGGACAAAUUCUGUAAGGUCAAGGCACUAGAUCAAAUGGCACUCAGUGGGAGCUGGGUCAGCCACCACUCCCUUGUGCAAGCCUGCCCAUCUGGGAAGAGGUGGAGGAGGGGGCAAGCUACCUCUAUAGCUGUCUUUAAGUCUGAGAAGGGAAAAGCGCCAAGCAGCAAAGCGUACAGCUCUCGUGAUAGAUUGGGCCUCCUCUAAGGAAGCCCUGCUUCAGUGACCUGCCACCUCUCCUCUGGAAUGGGUCUGGGAGUAUGAGCAAGGUUCAGAAGCUCAAAGGUGACAGCAAGCAUGGGCCGUGUGACAACAGGUGGGACAGAGACUAAGCUAGCCUCUGAGCUUGUUAGCAGUGGGCACCUGCAAGGAACCCCCUUAACUACCCAAUACACAGGGUGGGUGGAACUGGGUGCAGAGGGAUUUGCUGUGGAAGCUUGGAGGCGACUCUGGGCCACAGCAAGGAGGCUACCAGGCUGGGAACAAUCCCAUGCCUCAGUGUUACAGAGUGAACAGAAAGACCAAAAGCAGGAUGGUGUAGCCCUCAGUACUGGUGGUGUUCACUAACUAACCCAUCUUUUCUUAACUACGCUGGAGGGUUCUGAUGAGACAUACCCAUCAAUGUGGAUUUAAAAGGGAAACCUUCUGUUACACUCGACAGAAUCUUCUUUCAUGGAGAGAGAGACAGACAAAUAUAUUUUUUCUUGGGUUGGCCUUUGCUUUCAGGGUUCUGGAGCCUGCACUUUUGUGAAUAGGUAUUAAAACUGAAGGAUAACCAUGAGUGUGACUUUUCAGUGUGUGCAAAGCAAGGGUACAUUUAGGGUUAGAAGGCAGAUGGUAGACAACAAUUCUGUUUGGUUUUCCUGUCUCACUUGUCUUUUCACCCUCUAUUUACAGAGCUUUCAUUAUGGAUGGGGAAGUAGAAGGCCAGGGCAGUCAAAGGCAGAUGGCAAAACGCACACAUACACACACUUGGGUCUUGUGGUCCAGUAUCCCUAAAAGCAUUCUCUAAAAAAAUUGGGACUUAAACACAUGAAUAAGGUCCAUUUUGAGAAAGAAGAGUGAGCCUUUUGUUAUCCAGUGCAGCGUAACUCCUGUGUCUGCCUGCAUGGUUUUCAGUCAGGCAGCUGCAAAUCAGACUUAUCUUCAUAUAGAACUAGAGGGAAUCUGAGAUAUCUGGAGUCCCCUGUCCCCCAGCCUCACAGUAGGUGACAUCUGAGAACAAAACGUCCCACGAAUCAUAUCCUCCUCCCUUUGGCUACCCAGAGGUGUGUCUGACACAUACCUCGACUGCUGGAUACGUGUGUCUAGCAGAGAGGUGUAAGUGUCCUCUUCCAGGCUUCCUUGGAGAAACCACUUCUCGCUCUAUGUCCUGCCUGUCUGCCUGUCACAUGGGAGGGCCCGAGAGCUGAAACUCUUUGGCCUGUUCUUGUCCCUCACUUGGUGGCAGACAUCACGUUCAGUGUCCCAGCAUUGCCACUGCUGCUUCCACACAGGAGGCUCAAUGGGGUGGAAGGUUCCUAGCACUGGACAGGAAGUCCUGUCCUGUGCCCUUGUGGUUCUUUUUCUAUUCUCUGCAGAAGUGGUUUCUGUGAAAAGUGAGUGGAAAGAAUGGUUGUUUUUUUACUAGCUAGCCUUCAUGACUGUAAUUAAGGUCAAGGAGGCUUAUUUUUCUGAGUCAAUUAAAACACAAAUGAGGAUAUUUUUCUGUACUUUUAGCCACACCACUUUGGAGGAUUUUCUCUCCCAUGCAAAUGCCUCUCAGUGCAGUGAUAAAUAUGCAGCGUGUAAAACAAAUAUUCUCAUGUGGGACUAGGGUAGACAGGAAGGGGAUAGAUUUCUUUGAGAAGCAUGAGACAUUUUAAUAUGUGUAUUAAACUCUUACCUGCUGACAUGCAUGUGGUAAGUAGAUGUAGGAAUAUAAGGACAGGCCUAGGCAGUUAAUUUGUUCAAUAUUAAAAAGAAAUCAUAGUCAACAGAUGCACAGUAUUUCUCUAGUGCUUCUUUUGCCUUUGUUUUCCAACAUUUUUCGGCGUGAAAGUGGAAUUGAUUGCAAACAGGAAGCUGAAAUCAUGAGCUGUCAGCACCACACAGCAGAGGGAUUUUGUUGAGGCCAGCACCCCUGGUUGUGCCUUCGGGGGCUGUGAUGCCAUCAAGUUGAAUCACAGAAAUUUUAAUGUAUUCAAAGGCCUGAUGUAACUGAGGCAGCAUUUUAGUUCUUCAUGAGUUUCCUCCCUUAUUCCCAUCAUGUGUGCAUGCCCUUGGUUACCCGUAGCAGCUGGCCUAAAUUCCAAGUUCUCAGUGACAGCGUUGGUUAAAGUCCACUUGGGAAUGCUUUGCACUUAUCCAGGCAGUUCAGAGUUUGUGACCACUGUGAGACUGGCCAUCUCCAAAGCUCAUUUACUCUGUAUACAGUAUUUAAAGUCUGUUCCUUCUGCCUAUGAACCAACUCCGCAAUAUCAGGUAUUGUUAUUCUCCUUUAACACAGGAGAAAAAUAACUUGCACAGAAGUUAUUCACCAGAAGCUGGGACUGGGGGAUUGGUCACUUGAACCCUGACUCCUCCAAAUCACACUUGCCUCCCAAGAGGAAAGACUCAAUGCGUGCUUCUCAUCAGAUGCUGGUGCAGAGGGAGGGAGUCUACCCUAACGCCCUCAUGGAACCAUAGGGUAUGGAUGAGCAGAGACUGCAGUGCCACACAGCUGACUGACACUCUCCCGCAGAACAUGGUUCCCAUUCCUGUCUGCUGCAAGUUUCCUUAUGGGACUUCCAAGAGAAGCAGUCAAUUUUCCUUCCCCUUCCACAAUGAAAUUACCACUUGGCUUCCUUAAAAUGGAUUUAACAUGCAGGUGAUGACGCAUACCUCAGGGCUGGGGAUUUCAGAAACAUUGCUGGGCGACUGCUGUAGGUGGUCUCUGGAACAUGGUGCUAGGGCCACCUGGAUGUGACAUAGGAACGUGCCUGUUCUCGGGGAAGGGGAUUCUAUUCUGACAGUUCCUGGAGGGGAAAUAAAUCCAGUUGCAUGGCAAUGUGCCUCAAAGUCCAGUCUUCAUGCUUUCCUUUCAGUUUUAUUACCACCCCCGCCAGGGAACCUGUUGGUGUAUCACCAGGAUUGGUUCUCAUAGGGGGAUCCUGGAUGACAAGCCGAGUUCUCUAACUCCACGUGGUACCUUGCUUCAUACAGCAACUUCAGCAUACUUGGGUGGGGCAAGAAGGCUCUGCCAAGGAGAAUGGCUUGUCCCUAGGCUGUCAGUAGAGAAGCUGGAAUUGGAACUCAUACCUGCGGGAUACUAUUCCUCUGAGCUGUUGCAAACCAGUCAUUUUGAGAAGAUAAAUGUAUUACAAAACCAGUUAUGCCUUGACGAUAUUCAGGAAAGUAGCUAUUUAAAAUGCUGUGUUGUUAUGAGGUGAAUGUUGGCCUCAAAUUUAUAUUUUAUUUGGCAAGGAUUCCAGUGGGGUGCAAACAUUCGGAUUUUAUCUAUGGAAUUUCCUGAGGCCUGUUAUACUUCUAUUGCCUCUUU